AUGCAAUCCACACCACAAACCUUCACUCGCCAGUGGCCACAGGCAGCCGCUCGGCCCGGACACCAUGUCCCCGGCAAAGCUAAGUUCCACGAACGAUUCAGCAUAGCCACAGUUGAAGAUGCUCCAGAAUGGGAGCUGACCCCUCGUGAGCCACCCAUGGUCAUGCGUGCGCUGCCUCAAAAUGCGCCAACGAGCACGCGCGGCAUCACCACCGAGAAACAUGCAUGCGUCCCGCAUGUAUCAUCCUUCUUUUCUUCCCUUUUCUCACUCCGGCGACACACUGAGCAGCCGCCACUAGUAUCGCCGGCUCAAAGCCAGAAGGACAAGCCGUUGCCUCCCCUGCCACAGGAGGCCUUGGAUCCCUCUUCUUUGCCCGAAGCCCCCAUCCCUCCACCAUGUGCUGUGGUCCGACAGGAGCGCAUGACCCGCGCAGAAGGUACUCGUGUACGAGAUACACGCUUCUCUCGGCCACAGAAGCCUGCUUCGAACCCCAAUCCGCUGGUACGCCGUCCGCGUGUACCUCGUAGGCGACUCGCGCCAGUGGUAGAAGAGCAGGCGUUCAAACACGCUUUGAACUGCGACUUGAAUCAUCAUCCUGGUGGUGAGGCAGAUUCUUACUAUCAGGAUCACCCACUCCAGGCUCAAGUCCAGGAUGUAGAAAGCUGUGCAUACGUGGAGCUGCCGUUUCUCGUUACAUCACACGCGUGGCAAGGCACACGAACCCUUUCUGCACACCCCCCUCGACCCCUUUCCUUUGAGCGUUCAGAGCUCACGCCCAUCCUUAAAGCUCCGACUACCUCCAUCGAUGCGGAAGACUGCAUGAGUCUGCCAUCGUGCCCACCACGGAUCCCGUCUCUCGUGUUCUCAGGCUUGCCAUUGUACCCGACAGAACCUACGGGGAACGGUGAUGUUGAACACGUCAAUGACAACAUCCAGGAGGUACGACCGAUGGAUCAAGGAUUCUUGCUUGGGCAGUUCCCGGAGAACGAGAGCGGUGGUGAAGAUGGAGGGGAGACGGAUGGGGAAGUGUGCAACUAUGAUAUCACCUUCUCUCCGGGGGAUUCGUCCAGCGCGUGGUCAGAGGGCAGUAAUAUGACACUAUUGCCUGACACCCCAAAGUCAUGUGCCGACUCAGCUUACCACUCCAUAGGCCAUUCAUAG